AUGGGCGUCUCCACCGGGCAGCGCAGUCACGUGUGGCUGUCUCGGCUGCAGGCCAACCUCAAAUGUUCGCCGAAGCAGAGCAGCUCUUCUUUUGUCGCCGCAAUACGACUGCAUCCCCCCACCGAAUCCCGUGCCACUACAUACUGUGCCACUGCCUCCUUGUCCCGCCUCGCACGAAACCACUGCCCGCCUGCCAUCUUCACCUCGACUGGACCUGUCUCCAACACAUCGCCGCACCCAUCCCCACACUAA